CUCAGGGCGAGUCUUCCCAGUCGAUCCUGUCUUUAAAUCCGAGCGUGGAAUUGGGAUUCGCCUGAAUUGCUGCAUUUUCAUUUGGCAAUCUCCAAGUCGCCGUUGUCACCACUCUUUGUGCUUGGACCAACCUCAAUUCUGCCUUUGGUGAUCAGCCCUUCCAACGCCAACACGAGCAUCGCAAGCUCUCCUCUCCUCGACUGAACCCUCGAAGGGGCAUGUUCCCGUGCAAUUAAAUCGCCAACAUGUCCCCUCUCAGAGGUUAUAUUACCUCUUACCCUCCGCGCGUGCGCCAGUAUGGAAACGCGUUGCUCACACCCGUCAACCCUCCGUCGCAGACCGGCCCGACGCCGCGCACCACGAAGCGUGGGACUACAGCUAUCAAUUACGCAGAGGAUGGAUUCGAUGAUGAAGACUUUGAUGAAAGUGAUGGUCCACGGCGACCAACGGGUCUGAGAAGCCUUCGGCGCGAAGAAUCAACUGCCGACAAGUUGAUUCCGUACUCUGAGAAGUUGGGCAAAGAAGUCCAUGAGCCAGUAGAAGUACAGGGUCUCUUCCGAGAAUGGAUGAUCAAGCGGAUGCUGCGACCAGCAUGUGCCGAUCAACUUCAGAUCCAAGCGCAGCUCCCUCUCACCCUUGUUCCUAUUCGAAUCGACGUGGAAGUCCCCGCGCAUCAACCCCUCGAGCCCUUCCCCUUCCCGCGCACCACCGUGGAUCCUAGCAUCAACCCGACUCUUCCUGCAUACCGCAGACCCGACCCAUUACCCCCAUUCAGAAUCAAGGACACCUUCCUUUGGAACCUCCACGAAUCUCUUUCUACGCCUGAGGAGUUUGCAAUCGGAUUCGUUCGCGAUCUCGAUCUUCCCAACCCGCAAGCCACGACUAUGACUAUCAGCAACCAGAUUCGGCAGCAGCUGGAGGAAUACGCUGGACUCAGAUCCAGGCUUACUGCCAAACCCCCGCCUCAGACCGAACCAUCCCGAGACGCCUCCAUGACGCCCGCGGCUGUUAAUGCUGGGACACCCAAUAUUGCAACCCCCAAUAUUGGGACACCGAACCUUGCAACUCCCAACCCUGCAACCCCCGAUACCUCAGCUCCAGCCAAUGGAACUACUGUGACUGUCACCAAGGUUGCAUUCGUCAAUGACAGUCUUUUGAACCCAGAUGAUGCCUACCGAUGCUUGAUCAAUCUCAACAUCAACUUGCAGAAUAAGCUGUACACGGACAAGUUUGAGUGGUCCCUACUACAUCCACCUGGUAUGGCCGAGGAAUUUGCGCGCGUCACUUGCGCCGACCUCAGCUUGGGUGGUGAAUGGGUCAGUGCAAUUGCGCACGGCAUUUACGAAGCCGUCUUGAAGUUCAAGAAGGAAGUCUGCGAAGGCGGUACUCUUGUUACUGGGCUGAACGGCUACGGGAAUGAAAUCGAUAACUUGGCGGCAAAUGGUGUUGAGGCAGGCUGGAGAUACGAGCCAGAGACUCUCUGUGACGAAUGGGACCCCAAGGUCGAAACUUUGUCCAAAGAAGAGAUUGAACGGCGAGAAGGUGAUCGCGAGCGCCAGAUCAGACGUCUCCGCCGGGAAACUGCCAGAUUCUCCUCAACUACAGGUAUCACGCCUGAUGCAUCCAGGCAAAAUGGUAAUUACUUUGAAGUCGACAGCGGCGAGACUCCUCUUGGUCGCGGUGAGCGGAAUAAGCGGAAGCGCCGAUUCCGCAGCUUGAGCCCUUCAGGCAGAAGUGGCACACCUGGUGGUCGUGGGACUCCAGACACCGGAUCAGGGGCUGGAUAUGGCGGCGGAGGUGGAACGCUUUCUGACUGGGAGCGACAGAGCUGGCGAUGCAACAACUGCAUGGUGUGGGGUACUGCAGUAUGGGCUGUACGAGAUGGUCCAGACGGUCCUCGGACACUCUGCCACAACUGUGGCCUGCUGUACGAGCGUGACAAGAUUGCACCGGAGUGGUCCAAGGAUCUUCAUCGCCACGACAUCCCCGUCGGUCGAUUUGGCUGAUCCGUCCCCCGCCAUCUGUUCUCGCUUCAUUACACGAUAUGUACUAUCUUACUGAACAUCCAUGACCUACUUUACGCCAUCUACUUCUGCGUGGUCUUCACGUCUUUAAUCCGCUAUUCCCGCUUCCAUUCCCAUCUUUCUGCAUCGUGCAAGGCGUAUGGCCAUAUGUUUCGUUGCGGACACCUGCUGUCAAUAAAAACCAGCAAAUUCCCAGGAUACCGUUUUCUCACUUCCAAUCUAUCUCUUUCUUGUCUCGGGCAUGAAAAUCGCAUACUCCGUCUACCCACGUGGACAUAGAAGGCAAAGAGUUAUAAAAAGAGUAGCAGACAUAGAAGAGUUGAUACCGGUAGCCUCACGCAGUUGACUGGACGCUUUUUCUCUUCUUCUGAC